AUGGGUAGUCAGACUCUGAAUGGUCUGUGGCCUAAGCAUGAAAUGGGUUACAGAGAUGACGAUCCAUACCUCUUUCCUAGCCAAAUGCCUUCAUUAGACUUGAGCUGGUAUUCUCCAAUGGAUUGGCAAUAUGAAUUGCCGAUACAAGAGAGCUUUAUGGAUGCCAGUCCUUUGAUGGAGAGCUUCCCUACCGACCCUCUGUUUGCAUCCUUGGACCUUGAACCAGCCAUAAGCGUAAUGCAAGAUGAUUUUUUUUGCGGUUAUGGUAGUCGGUAUGGAGUUUGGAAUGAGACAGGUCCUAAGCUUGAGCCGGAGAACCAGGCUAAUUUACUGUUGCGUAACAAUGAUAAAAAAGGCAAUAAUGGACCGAGGGAAGAUCAGGGGAAGAUGAAGACGUACAGAGAAGAGGGAUGCAGCAGUUCUAGACUUCUAUCCAGGGAAACCAUUUCUCAGUACUUCUACAUGCCAAUAACGCAGGCAGCGAAACAGCUUAACGUGGGUUUGACACUUUUGAAGAAAAGAUGUCGAGAGUUGGGUAUUCGUAGGUGGCCCCAUCGGAAGCUGAUGAGCCUCCAAACCCUAAUCAACAAUGUACAGGUGUUGGGUAAAGAGGAAGGAGAAGAGAGUGAAGCAAAGUUGAGGGACGCGAUAGAGAUAUUAGAGAGGGAGAAGAAGCUGUUGGAGGAAAUUCCAGAUAUGCAACUUGAGGACAAUACGAAGCGGCUUAGGCAAGCUUGUUUUAAAGCUAACUAUAAGAAGAGGAAGCUCGGGGGGUUGAUGGAUUUUCAAUCUUCUUCUAGCAGCAAUCGUGGAAGUGCGGAUGGGGGUUAUAACAUGGUUAAUCACAAGAGAAGGAAUGAAGAAGAAGAAGAGGAUCUAGAAGAAGUGGAUGAGAUAUCUCUCUUUUUGGACUCCUUUCCAUAG